GCGUUCCGCGGGGCGGCGCGGAGCGAAGCAGCGACGGAGACGUGAGCCGCCCCGGCGGCGGCAGCAGCAAAGCAACCGGCGGAGGUGGCGGCAAUAACAACAAGAACCAUCAUCAUCAUCAUCAUCGUCGUUGUUAUUAUUUGAAUCCUAACAACAAAAACAACGACGACGUCUAAAGCGAUAGGAGACUAACGAAGGCGGCGAGGGGCGGUGGCGGUGAGGGGAAACCCUCGAGCCGGCCCGGUUUGGCGGCGAGCGGACCGUGAAAGGGGGGCUCUGGUGAGGGGGGCCGAGGGCUGCAACCCCGGGGGCAGCUGCGGCGGGAGCUGAUCGGAGUCUCUGUCUGGCGCCGAGGGUGUCUGUCCGUGCCUCCUCUGCUGCUGCUGCUGCUUGUCGUCUUCACGGUGGGGGGGGGACACGGGCCGGCAGAGCGCCGCCGCGGACCUGGCCUCGGGCAGCUGGAGGGGACGCGGCGGCGGUGGCGUGUGAUGGAGUGAGGGCGGCGCGGAGCUCAGCAUGGCUUCGUGCUCAAGUGUUGACAAAAAGGACCGAGCAGCCCUUCGCAGGAGAGAGUGGGAGCGUCGUAAUCAAGAAACCUUGCAGGAGGAGGAGGCCCUGACGGGCUCGGAGCACCUCUUCAAGGAGCCAUACAAGACGAACAGGGGGGAUGAGCUUUCGAGUCGUAUUCAGAGCACACUUGGCAGCUACGACGAAAUGAAAGACAUCCUGAGCAACAGGUCAACCCAGAGCCGAUUUGUUGGCAUCCCAGCAAUGUCCGUCCCCCAGACACCAAGUGAGAAAACCGAGCAGAGCUUUUUUCCCGACCAGAGAACGGCUGUGAUGCAGCCGUACCAAGGGAGCAGCGGCACUGGCCGAUCGUCGGGUCCCUCGUCCGCCUCCGCUAGUUCGGCCACGGCCUCGGGCUCGGGUUCCAGCGCGGCCACGGGGUACGGCGGACCGUCGUUCAACCUGCCCAGCGGAAGCGGCAGCAAAAAGCCCGGGGCAGAGCGGUCGCGAGGAAGCGGCGGCGGCGGCGCCGGCGGUGGCGGUGGCGGUGGCGGUGGCGGUGGCGGUGGCGGACACAGCAGCUCCAGCAAGAGCCGCCACUCGUCGUCUCACGGCUACAGCCACGGGGAUCACCGGCGCGGGGAGCACGGUGGCGGUGUGGACGCUCGCUCCAAGCAGCAGUCGAUAAGCCCGGCGCCGACCGCAUCGUCCUCGCACUCGGGCCGCCACUCCUACUCCCGGAGCAGCGCGACCGGCGGUGAACACCACGGCGGCACGCGGGCGUCCGCAACAACUUCGUCGGCUGCCGUCGAGCAGCACCACGGACGCGACCGGCAUCGCUCCAAGUCUCCGCGAGAGCCGCCCGAAUUCUCUUCAAAUUCGCCGGGGCCGAGCUCCUCUUCGUCUGCAUCUGCGGCGGCGGCGGCAUCGUCCUCGCAGAUGUCCAGCCAGGCCUUCCCUUCAUCGCUGCCUGUCUCGAGCAAGCAGUCGUCGCUGCAGCAGAAGCCCACGGCGUACGUGCGGCCGAUGGAUGGGCAGGACCAGCAGCUGUCGAGCGACUGCUCCGAGCUGCCCUCAUCGUCAGGCCCUGCGGCCGUGACGGGAGACGUGGUCUACUCCUCGGGGCCGUCUGCUUACGGCGGUGCCGUGCCGGACCCCAAAGGAUCGGCUGCGGCCGCCAAGGCCAAGCUAACAAAAAUAACAAUCCCGCCCCAGCCCUUGGAGGCUGGCAACAACAAUGAUGGCAACUGCGUGGAGGAGAUUCUGAGGGAAAUGGCCUAUCCCUGGCCCUCCCCUCUGACAGCAAUACAGACCCCAGUUACCGCCAAACCAUCCAAGUUCCCAUUUCCUGGAAAGGACUCCCAGCAUGUGAACACGUCGUUUCCAGGGACAAAGCGCGGUGAUGCCUCUUCAAAGAGCGCCACAAACACCUUGGCGGAUAAUUCGAUGCUGGAAGAUGACCUGAAAUUGAGCAGUGACGAGAGCGAUGUUGAACUGUUUGCGGAUAAGUCUGUCCUGAACAAGGCCAUCAUUCCUGUCAGCGUGCCGGUGGCAGAGAGCGGGGAUGCCCCUCGCUCCAGCGCCGAGUCGGGCUCCUCCAGCGAGUCGGAGAGCAGUUCUGAGUCGGACUCUGAGAGCGAGACGAGCUCCAGCGACAGCGAGGCCCAAAACCAGUCCGUGAACGCCGCCUCUCCCCAGCCCGAGCCACCACCCACCAACAAGUGGAAGCUGGACAACUGGCUGCCCAAGGUGAACCUGAACACCAACAAGUCGGCAACUCCGCAGGCUGACACGGGAAACGCAAAGGUGCAAGGGCACGAGUACCCGCGCGGCGGCGAUGGUGGCGGUGGCGCUGGCGGCAGCGGUGUUGGUGGAGGCGGCGGUGGAAGCGGCGGGGCCCAGGACAAGGAGCGGCCGAGUGUCGCUGCCAGUCAGGCCGACGCCAAGGAGAAGCUGCGGAGCCCCGCGCGAGAGCGGGGCAAGGGUCGCAGCGGGCAGCGGCAUGCGGACAGCAAGAGCGGCGGUGGGCGGCAGAAGUCGCCGGCGCAGCCCGACGUUUUGUCUCAGCGUCGCAGCAUCGGCCGCAAGCAACCCAAAAAGCUGGAGAAGCCGGCGCCAAGCCCCGAAGAGCCGGACUAUGGGUACGAGCCCCCGAAGGCGUCGCCCACGGUGGUGGAGAGUAGUGGCGGCGGUGGAGGCAGCGGCGUGGCUGCAGUGCGGCGUAGCGUCGGCAGGAAGCAGCCCAAGCGGACCGAGAAGCCGUUGAGCCCAGAGGAUCCUGAGUGGCCCAAGCCGGAGUACGCGUUUGGUGUCCACAAGUCACCGGCCCAACCGGAAGUCUCAGUGCAGCAGCAGCAACAGCAGCAGCCACAACGCAGGAGUGUUGGCCGCAAGCAGCCACGCAGGAUAGAGAAGCCAGCUAGCCCUGAUGUGGAAAACUGUCCCAAGUCAGAGUUCACAGUAGCACAAGAGAGUUCGCAGAAGCACAAGGCAGGUACGGGCGCUCUGUCGGGCACCAACCACGAGCAGCCAAAGAGCAAGCCCAAAGGCGGCACCGGCCGGAAGCCUGCCGUAAAGAAGGAGACGCAGCCGGCACCACAGUGCACGGCCGAGGCCAAGAAGCAGCGUGUGCCAGGCAAGUCGAUGCGCAAGGGCCGCGAGAAGGUGUACUCGGACACCUCCUCGUCCUCGUCGUCACCUUCGUCCGACUCUGAGUCGGAGCCGGACGAGAGCCCGGCGGGCAAAGCGGACUCGCCGGCUCCGUCCGGCGCCGCCAAGUCGUCCGGCUCGGACGCGCCCUGCGACUCGCCGCAGCACUCUGACGAGGGCGCUCCCGGCUCGGCGCCGCCCGCGCCGCCCGCGCCGCAGCCGCCGCUGCUGAGCCGCAAGGAGCAGAUACUGUCGCCGCUGCACGUGGCGGGCGGUGAGCUGCUGUCGCCCAUCCACGACUACGACGAGGUGCGAUCGCUCGUGGUGAAGAUCGACCUGAGCCUUCUUGCCCGCGUGCCGGGCCGCGGCGAGACUCGGGGCGGCGGAGGCCAGGGACAGCAGCAGCAGCCACCGUCGGUGUCCGAGAGGGCGGGCUCUCACCGGCAGCAGAGCACAUCCAGAGAAAGAUCACCACCGCCUCCAACCACAGCGUUAGGAGAGAAAUCCAAACGCAAGCGGCAGGGCGACAGCGAGGACAUUCACAGCGAGAGGAAGAGGGGGAAGGUGGAGAAGGACGCUACGCCACACUCUGCGCACAAGGCAGCCGCCACCAAAGACGAUCGCAAAAAGAUCAAGGUCAAGACAGAGACCCCAUCUCAUUCCAGCUACAAGCCCCCUGUCAACAAGGAGUCGGGCAAGCACACGGUGGAUAAUAAGAAGAAGGUCGCCCCGCCAGCGUCGCCGCUCUCCAAGUCGACGGCUGCGUCUGAGCGCAAGCGGCGCAACAGCGAGAGCAGCACGUCGAGCCGCGUGUCGACCGUGAGCGAGGCCGGCAAGUCGAGCAAGAAAGGGAAUCCAGCCGGAGGCGCCGCUGCCUCCCAGUCCUCGGGCAAACACCGCAAACUGGAUGGCAAGACGGCAGGCAGCGCCAAAAUGGCGAACCGGGAGGACAGCGUCGCGGAUGACAGACAGGUGUCCGAGGCCCUCUUCACCAAGCCUGGUCUGUGCGCCGUCUCUCCCACCCUACUGAGGCCCCGGCUUGUGUUCGACGACAAACCCCAGUCGGUGGAUUUCCACAUGCAAGAGGCCAAGAAGCUGAAACACAUGGCGGAUGGCAUGUCGGACAAGCUGGGAAAGGCGAUCAACUACACGGACGCAGGCCUCUCCUUCAUCGAGUGCGGCAACGCCAUGGAGCAGAACCCUCUCGAGGCCAAGUCCCCGUACACCAUGUACUCGGAGACCACCGACCUCGUCAAGUACGCCAUGAAGUUGAAAAGCCACUCUGCUCCAGAUUCGACCCCGGCCGACAAAAAGCUUGGGGUGUUCAGCCUCCGCUGCCUGGCGCUGCUCUACCUGAGGAUGUUCAAGCUGAAAAAGGACAGCGCCAUGAAAUAUUCCAAGUCUCUCCUGGAGCAUUUCAAGAAUGCCUCAAAGAUGUCGCAGACACCACCUUGGACCGGAAGGGGCAACGGCACGCCGUCUCCCAUGUCUCCCACGCCGUCGCCGGCGGGCUCGGUGGGCUCGCAGGGCAGUGCCAACACGGCGGCACCGUCCUCGUCACCCGUGGCCACGGUCACCAUCCCGCAGCGCAUCCACCAGAUGGCGGCGAGCCACGUGAACAUCACCAACCACUUCCUGUACGGCUACGACCACUGGGAGCAGGCCGAGCUGCUGGCCAAGGAGAACCACGAGUUCUUCCGUGACCUGGACCAGCUGAUGGGGGCACUGACUCUCAACAGCAGCAUGACAGAGCUGGUGCGCUACACUCGCCAAGGACUCCACUGGCUUCGCUUUGAGGGGCAACUGCUGUGAUGUGCAGUGAACCGAGGAGGGGAAGGGGGAGAGCCAGGGACUGCCACGACGGAAUGCGACGAAGCUUUACCGGCUUUAAUUCCGGCCACCGCCUGAGCCUUUCACGACCGCCACAAGACGGGUCAUGCAGACAGUCCCGCAUCGAUUGACAAUUUUUAUCGUCUGUGACCGUUUGGAAGGUUCAACCUCUCGGGGAGUUGAGAUCAAGCUUCUUCAGUGGCAUGCUUCUUAAUGACAUCGUGCAAACGUUUUUUUUUAAGACGGCAAGCAGCACCCCCCCCCCACCCAACCUUCUGGCUGAAUUUUUUGACAGCACAUCACACCAAGGGCGAUCAGUUGCCUUUGAGUAAACUUUGUGACGGUUUGGAGAACGCAGAACGCCGGGCCUGAGAGGGAACCAGCCGCCCUCCUGACUUGCCUGUUGGUCGAAGAGCAAGCCCCCCCCCCCUCCCCUUCGGCUGCGCGUACGGCAGCAGUGCAAACUCAUAUUUUGUAAUUAAUUUAACGUAUUUAUUCAUGUACGUCUUUAGUUUGAUGCACAGCUCACAAUUACUGUGCACGUGAACUGCCAUGACUGUCUGCUUUUCGGUGUGUCUGCUUCUCUUGUAAGUGAUUAUAGGAUGUUAGGUUUUUUUGUGGUCAAUGACAAGAAUUUGCUGUCAUUUGAAAGGUGAGCGUGACUUGUUUUUGCUAAUCUUUCAAAAGUUGCAUUUCUUGCUAUAAUUGAUUACCUAUUUGUCCUUUCACUCCCCCCUUUAAUCGUGAGUAAUAUAUUAAUCAGACAUGCCUAAAACUUCCACUUAAAAGCAUUAUGGGGAAAACACUUCAAAAUUCGGUGGUCAAUGCAUGAUUGUGAGUCAUUUUAUACACAAUUCCAAACAAAAAGUCUUGGCUAACAUUUAACAUACGUUUUUUUCAUUUUUCUCUGGCAGAUCAAUGUUGUUUGUGCAGACUGCUGUUAUUUUCACAAAUGUUGUUCCAAUGUCACACCGUUAUAUGGCGAGUCCUUCCAGUUGGUACUAUUUGGAAUUUUAUGAAAAAAAAUUACAUUUAACCAACUGUUACAAACUUUAUUUCGCUCAUCGAUUUUAUAAAUUAUUUGUCAAGGAAAUCCAAGGUCCCAUUUUUAUAUUUUCAUGUUUUUUUCCCAUCGCACAUUGGUUGGCGUAUAAGCAUCCAUUUGAUCAGUUCGUGUUAGAUAUAUUUUAUAGGGUUUCUUUGUUAGAGGAUGGAAUGUUCAAGGUUGGAAGGCACUGGGGGCUGAUAACAACAAUUUAUGUUGUCGAUGAAUUCUUGUGUAAAACACCACAGGAAUUAAUUAUUGGUAGUAUGUUUUAUCAUUCGUGGGCCCAUUAAUCUAAUCUGUGGUAACAUUGAAAACAGUUGAAUAUUUUGCAUCUUCCUAUAUAUUACUCUUUGGUUCUUUUGGUAAAGUCACGUAGAAAGAAAAUAAAUUAAUAAUAAUAGAAUACGACGUUUCCUAUAUAUUGUUCUACAUUGUAUGACAAAUACGCUCUCUUUUCAUUAUUCAAAGCUUGUCUUGAUGUUUGGCUGAAACACUAACAUGAAACUUAACACAAAAGCCAAAGAGGACAGUGCAGAGAUUUUAUUUCCAGGAAUUAUAAUUGGCUUGAGUUUGUCAUUUUUUCCCACAUUUUUUCAUUUCCUGUUCUUUGUGGCAGCUUGAUGUAGUGAGUCUGCCAGAAUAGAUCUUCAGUUUUGUGUUACCUAAAAUUAACGAAAUCCCCAUCCUGUUAUACACAAAUUAAAUGUCUGUGGAUCACGUCAGUUUGAAAUUUAAAAGUGCCACAGUGAGAAGAGUGACCAAGUUUUCAUUUUAAAAAGACCCAGCAAUAAUUGUCGUAUUGAGUGAGAGCCCAUUUGAAAGAAUGGAUAUUCCUUCGCCCUCAUUAUACAUUGGUGAUUCACUGACUGCAUCAGAGUGAGGCACCAAAUAGAAUACAGAUGUGACAAAUUUACUUGAGCAUAACCGUGCUGAAUAGAGUUUUCAGUGGGUACAUUUCCCGCUUGCGAAGUGCUUGAAGGGAAGAUUGUUUGCACGGUGACUACGAGACGUUGGAAGGUUAAACCCUGAGUGCCCUGCCUUGUGGUUCGAAUUUUAUUUCUGCAAUAAUAUCUCAAUGUUCUAGAACAGGUUCAAUAGUUUUAAUUUACUUUUACAAUACUGGAAAAUGUGGAUAUCACCUUUGGUAUUAUAGUCACUUGGGUACAGCACAAAAGGAGUGUUUGCAAUGUAAAUUUUGAUUAUGUUACUUGGAAAUGGGAAACCCUUUAACACAUUUUGACUGUACCUAUUCUAAUUUAAAAUAUACAUUUUUUUUCCUCUCUCAAACCUGGCAAGAUGCUGAAAACAAUACAAAGAGUCGUUUGUCGUUUAACUUGAACUCUGAAGUGACUUUCCCAUUCUAAUUUUUGCAAUGUUGCAAAACACUAAUCUGGAUACAUGCUUGUGCGAGUGAGUCUAGCACAUUGUGGAUAUAGAUUUUUUUUCCAGCUGUAAUGAUGUGAAAGGAUUAUUGCACAUUCAUUAUAAAUGCUUCACUUGAUUAAUUCUGCUGGAGAUGUAUCCAAGCUCCAACUCUGAACACUGGUUUUGAUGUGUACGUUGUGGUGUAGCGGUCACAGAUCUGAGCAUUAUUCUUGAUAACAUUUCCUUGAGCUUGGUGGAAAUGUGUGGCUUGCCAAAGAUGUAUAGGACACGGUGCUCACACUUAUCCCAAGCGCUAAGAACUCUGGGAAACGUAGCUUGCAAUGUGGUGACCCAUUAGCGUGUUGCUGUCGUUUGGAAAGCUGAGCAUCCCAUCUCUUUGUCUCGCACAGCCACCAUGACCCCCCAAUUUGCAAGUUAAGCACAUGUGGAGCGUUUCUUUGUGUGUGUGUAAUUUCUCUGGUUUAUGGCAUCACCACGGCACCAUCUUAUUUGACCAGAGUGGCGAGCGAAUCGUCACAGCGUUGUUGAUUCUGGCACGGCAAUGUUUCCAAGCUUCUCUUGCCUCUUCAGAUCUUGACUCAUAAUUCAUUUGGAGCGUUUCCUCGCCAAUUUUAUGACAUUUAUAUUUUCAUUUUUUUCGUGUCACUUGUAGAUUACUUUUAGUGUUCUUGGUUACAUCUCAGGAGUGACCAUCACUGAGUGCCCACGUGCUAAGGAUACCUAUCUAAGCCCUGAACCAAGGAGGCCAGUCCUGCUGAUUCAAUGACAGUAGCUAUUAUUUCAGUGUGUACGUGUUUCAAAUGCCCAGGCCACACGAGUCACGCUACAUAAAACUGCCCAUUUGCAAACUUCGCAAAGAGCAGUGCAUGAAUGAACACUGCUCUUCUUGUUAGCCCAGAAUCACUGAUUUCCACAACUUAUUCUCAAUGUUUGUGUACAGCACCGGUACCUAGUAAUGGUCAUUGCGGAGUAUUAACUAUUCGUGGGUAAGAAAUUCAAUUAAAAGUAUAUACAAGUAUAAGUAUAGAUAUAACGUAUAUACACAAAUAUAUGUAUUUAAGUGUGUGUGUAUAUAUUUUUUUAAAUGCAGUGAUACGUUGCCUGUGCAAGCAGUACAAGUACUGUAAUUUAUUCAGCUGUCAAAUAAUGCAAGGACACGUGACUGACGUGACGCUCCACCAACCACUGAGCUCUCGAGCCCGUCUUACGGCGUUAGAAUGUCUCUCAUUGCAGUACUCCACGCUCAUCUCGUCUCUUUGCAUCAUCCCUUCUAAUGUUUGUAUUUUUUUUACCUCCCGAUAAACUUAUAGGAUGAUUUUUUAAGUGUCAUUUUUGUUGUUGUUGCAAUUUUAUUUAGUCCACCGGUGUAAAUGUGAAAGUUUAUUUUUUAUUUUUAAACAGGCCUUUUUUAACAAAGAAUUUGCAAUCACUAUCAUGAGCAUUGCUCGCUUUGGUUUAACACAGUGGUCUCAUGGAGCCCCCGGAUUGUGCAGGGAAUGCAGAACUUGUAAGUGCAAACCAGAACCAUAGUUUCGACCGUCUCUGGAAGAACAAUGUUUUUUUUACGAUGACAUUUUGAAGCGUGAAAAGAUUUCAACAUUUGCUCGCAUAUCAACGGCACAAAAAUCCUCACAAAUAGAAUCGCUUUUAAAGUGUUCUUUUUACACCGAUGAAAAUGAUACGAGUGUUUAAUCUCGACCAACGUUGCACGACUUUUGAAACGAUAGCUCUGCUCAAGUCUGCCCUCUGAGACCACCGUUUUGUUGACGUGGAUGUGUAUGUUACAUUUAUUUCACAUAAACUACAGUUACUUUGGCAUGCAACACUUUUGCAUCCUUUUUUACUGGGUCGGGAGUGUACCGUCACUUUUUCUAUUUAACCGUGUGCACCGUCUUUGUGUUUGUAUUACGCCGAAGUAUUUUUGGGACCAAUGUUAGCGUCGAUCAUCGUGCGUCCAAAGUUGAACGCUGCAUGUGAAAGUGGCAAUAGUUGUUAAUAAUGUGUUCAUGCUGCCUGGCAGUGCUCGAUUAACUAAUACACCGUAGGCGUGAUACACUGUAAUCAUAGUGCCCAUAAUACUUCAGUCUCGGUUCUGUGAAUUCAUCUUAUUGGAUGCAUUUACAGAAUCGUUAACUGUCGUAAGAGUCAAUCAAAGUAUGGAGGGAUACUGUAUACAACUAAAACGCUAGACAUCUGUUUUAGACGUCUGAUAAAUUUAUGUUCAAGGUUGAAAUCUUGGACACUGGAGCAAACUCCAGUAAAGCUGAUCAGUGGAAAUCUUGUGACCAGUUAGUGUCUUCCUCCACCUCCGCCAACCUGCCUGGCGUGGGUGAAAGCUCAACAAAUGUCGCCGCUACAGGGCCUCUGACUGCACUGACGAUGCAUGUAUGCAGGGUAACCCGUUACCUUGAAAUACCAUGGAACUAAUAUUGAUCCAUGAUGUUUGGAUGCAUGUAAGUUUUGUAUGAGAUAAGUGUGUUGCUUCCAUUACGAGAUUAAUUUGAAUAUCCGAGGUGGUGGUGGAGUCGUAGUAAACUUGUUUGAGUUGAGGGAACACAUUUUUUUAAAUUUGCCCCCGUCUAAGUUAAUAGUUUUACUGCGGUGUUACUCAUUUUAUGAGUUUGCAUUGAACACAUAAAAAUCAAGGAGUGUACAUGUUAAGUUAUUGUAUUUAACCAGGCGAAAACUUUGUUGAACCAGGUGAGACCAGGAUGGUCUGGUUUGCAAGUGACCUGAGUAUACGUAUGUGCCCAACAGCUCUGCGUGUCUACUGCAUCAGCCAAGACGAGGACACGGAACCCGCCCUAUUGCGAUACGAAACCUGCUUUCCAUUGCCGAGGUCAAAUUUGGUUGGCCCUUGUGGGACGCAGCAAUGUUUCCGGCACCAGUUGUGGUCUUCUCACAGAGCGAAAGUACUUGCAGCAGGGGAAGACGUCUCAUGUCCAUCAUUGUCGAGGGGUCGCGGUUUUUUUUAAAGGUCCUUCUGGCGCGGAUUGCUUUCGCGUUUGUGAUGAGCUCGCGGGUAAUAGAUGAACAGGCCAUAUUUUACAGUGUAUUCACGCCUCCGGCUGCAGAUAUGGAGCCGAGUAAAGACAGCCUUUGCACAGUUCACUUUCAAGAUGCACAACACUGUAAAGCAAAGCAAUUGGUGGUUGUCGUGCUUGUUUUUGGAGACAAUGUUAUGCAACAUCUGCAAUUUUAAGCAAUUUCAGUGACAACACAAAUUGCCACUGGGAGGUGAAAAUUUCAUAAGCUUAUGAUGGGAGCCAUAUCAUCCAUCAUUUAUGCAAAGCAAUUUUUUUUGUUACGUUCCUUGGCAUUGGGAGAACGCCAUGCUACAGGCCAUUGGACGUCGUGUGUUUUUUUUAUAUCGGCGUUGCACAUUCAUGAAAUAAUCGUGUAGUGUGGGAAGGUUUGCAAAGGGGCUUGCUGUGUGUCUUGCAUCACGAGCCCUGCCAGGGAUGCACACUUUGACGAUGGCCGCCAACUCAUGCGUCUGCUCCAGGCCGUGACGUUGGGUCAACCUUGUCCCAUUUCUCAUCUGCCAGUCGGCCCACACCUCGUCGGUUUGGUGUUUCCAGAAACAUCUAUUGUCUACGUGUGCAGUUUCCAUUUAAUAGCGUCCCAUGUUUUCAUGUUUUAGCACUGGUGCAGAUAAGUUUAAGAGCGUAUACGAGCUAUUAUUAGAAUACCCAUGCAGUCGACCUUUGAAUACUUUCUUGCAAAAAUUAUUUUGCUGCUACUUUUUUUGGUGAUAUGGCCUUCUCUGAUGUCAGUGCUUUGCAGCAGCCGUCUUGAUUAAUUCGUCCGAAUUCUAACAUUGGUUUCAGACAUUGUUUCAUAUGCUUGUUGUUAUUCAUAUUGUUCAUAUGUUUGGUACUUCUAAUGCAGACGAUAAUGUUUUGAGAUAGUGCGUUAAUGACGGGCAUGCAUUUAACGUUUAGUUCUGUCUCGUAUGUGCGCGUGUGCGUAGUUGUAGAUGUAAGGAAAGCUUGCUGUUUAUUUAUGGGUAUUUAUAAUCGUGCUUUAGUCUGGGCAGAGUAGGUUGUUGCCAGUGUGCGAUCAUCAGUUAUUUGUUACGGGCCUGCGGCAGACUGUCGGAUUCGCCAUUUUAAAUAAUUUGUACGUGGAAUUUUACAAAAGAGGUGAUUUUAUAAAACUAUGGUCAAUGUGUGUGUGCAUGUGAGUGUAUGUCAUUGUUCAAGUGAUGACUUCUCCUUUGUGUGCAAGUGUGGAGACUCCACAUUCGAUCGACUCACAUUUAAGAUGUUGCUUGUAAGAUUGCUACAAAUACAGAGCUCUUCCAAUACGUGUGGUUGGGAUGGCCCUCUACGCAGAGUAGAGAAGGGCGCCGUGGGACAAUCCCCAUGAACUGCAUCUGCUAAAGCUGUAUCACGACCUCUUGGUCCUUCAACGCUGUCCUAUGAACACAUUUAGCUUUUCGUGCAGUCAUUUUUUUUUACACGCAAAGGUAAUAUUUUUACGUCUUUUUUUGUAAUAGCCAUGUUCCUAAAAUGUGUACAUAUGAACUACACAGCAGUUGCAGCUUUCACGCAUCUUAUGAAAUAUUUGAACUUGUCUGAUGCAAAGGAUGAGCAAAGACCCGAUCCCAAAAUGUGCAGUCGCUUCUUGUGUGCCAGUUAUCUUACAGGGUUUGUAGUCGACGAAUAUGUACAGUGGGUGAUGGGUUCACCGAUGGAUUGUGACCUUUUAAAACGAGUUUUCAAAACAUAUUCUGCCUGUCCGGGAAAGCACAGGGUUUGUUUUAUUUUAAUUUAGUUUCAACUGUAAAAAAAUGCUUUGUUUAAAUGACUAACUAUUUGUUGUAUUUAGCAAAAAAAAGUAUAUGUUAUGGCUGUUGUUCAAGUCACUGCUGUAAUAAUAUUUGAAGUGUAAAAAAUGCCCAAGUAAAGCGAGUUGCUGUAAAGACCAUUUUCUACCGAACAGAAUCGUCUAAGUGUGGUCUCGAUAAGUACACGUGUCAAUCUGCUCUGUUCUUCUGAAAAUGGUACAGUGUCCUCUUUAGAAAGCUUUUAAUACUUAAACCAGCAUCAUCCUCGUCACGAACUACAGCUGUGUUUUGUUGGCGUCGAUUUCUAAAAUGGGCAGGCUGUCCACUGCAUCGGGAAACGGUGGUUUUAGCUUCAAGGAAAUGAUCGGUUUUACAGCAACUGUCGUAUCCGUGUGUGCAAGUAGGAGAGCUAAUAUCCAUGUAUAUGCUUCAUAUAUGUGAAUUUUUUAUUACUGUCUGUUCAUUUCCCAUUAAUUCAUUAAAUGCUUUCUUGUCCAACUAUUCUGUUCGAUUUAUGAUUUAAGAGAACGGAGAUAAUCUUGGUUGGCUUCACUUGGCGUGUAAAACAUUAAAUCUACAAUUAAAUUUUUGACACAUUCAA